AUGUAUCCAAAUCCCGUGCUUCCUCAUGUUUAUGCAUUAGUCAGUGCCUCGUAUGAUGAACGACGCCUCUACGAGGAUCUUAUGAGGGACUAUAAUAAUCUCGAACGGCCGGUCGCGAACCAUUCGAAGCCCGUCACCGUAUAUCUCAAGGUUUCUCUUCAACAAAUCAUCGAUGUCGACGAAAAGAACCAGAUUGUUUACGUGAACGCUUGGCUCGACUAUGUGAGUAGCUGUAUUUGCUUCGAGCUACUGCUUUUGGAGAAGAGCAAAAAACAUGGAAGGAUGUACGAAACUCGUGCUGAUAUCAGUGAAUACGGAAACAUAACGGACGUGCGAUUUCCGGCUGGUCGAAUUUGGAAACCUGACGUGCUGCUCUAUAACAGGUAA